CAUCUAUUACGUUGGUAUUUCUUACUUAAUGUUUCAAAUAUUCAGUUCUGUGUCGUUCGAGUUUAGUAAAGGAUGUUUCGAGUAACUAUAUCAGUGGGUCGCAAUUUUAAGUGCGGAGAAAAAUCCUUUGGGAGUUUAGAAUCGAUAAUAAAUUAUGGUAGGUUAUUUUCGUCACAAGAGACCAGGAAAACGUGUCUUUAUGACCUACACGUGGAACAUCAAGGCAAAAUCGUGAAUUUCGCCGGCUGGCUAUUGCCGGUGCAGUACAGAGAAGCAAUAGCCGCAUCCCAUCAGCACACGAGAACUUUCGCGUCCUUAUUCGAUGUUGGACAUAUGCUGCAGACCCGCGUUACCGGCAAAGAUGCAACCGAGUUACUAGAAUCCUUGACGACAAGUGACCUUAAAAAUCUGAGUCAAGGAUCUGCAGCCCUCACUGUCUUUACCCAAAAAAAUGGAGGAAUCCUGGAUGAUCUGAUUAUUACCAAAGAGCAGGAGGACAAGUAUUUUGUUGUUUCUAAUGCAGGAAGACGAAAUGAGGAUUCAGGACUGAUAAAAGAAAAGAAAGAUGAAUUAAAAGCCAAAGGCAAGGAUAUCAACGUAGAAUUUCUAGACCCCUUGGAACAAGGUCUGGUAGCUCUUCAAGGUCCAGCAGCUGCUGGUGCACUGCAAUCACUUGUAAAAAUCGAUUUGAGUAAAUUGAAGUUCAUGAACAGUAUUGAAACAGAGGUGCUAAAUGAUCGGAUUAAAAUUUCGAGAUGUGGUUACACAGGCGAAGAUGGCUUCGAAAUUUCUGUUUCUGGAAGGACUGCUGGAGACUUGGUUGAAAAAAUCCUGGAAAAUCCUGAUGUGAAACUUGCAGGACUGGGCGCCAGAGAUAGUUUAAGACUGGAGGCUGGUCUCUGUCUUUACGGCCACGACAUCGAUGAGGAAACUACCCCUGUCGAGGCUGCACUCACCUGGCUUGUCGCAAAACGACGUCGAGGAGAGGCAAAUUUCCCAGGAGCAGAAAAGAUUUUGUCACAGAUGAAAUCAGGCGUGACGAAAAAACGAGUUGGCCUUACGAUGGGCCAAGGACCACCAGCGAGGGAAGGAGCUGCAAUCUUAACGCCUGAGGGAGAAAGGGUAGGCAAAGUGACUUCUGGUGGUCCGAGUCCCACCUUGGGAAGACCCAUUGCCAUGGGCUAUGUACCCCCCAAUUUGGCACAGAAUGGCAAUGGUGUCCUCGUCGAAGUUCGAGGAAAAACGUACAAGGCCACUCUCACUAAAAUGCCCUUCGUUAAAACAAAUUACUACACCAAUAAGUGACUUCUUUAAAAUGAAAGUAUUUUGCAAUGCAUUUCAGAUAUUAAUUUUAUAAUUGCAUUUUUGUAAGUGAAAGUUAUAUCUUUUGACGAGUUUUCCGUUGCAUAAUAUUACUUUCCAAUAAUAUCUCUGAUUCUUUUCUUCUUGUUGCCAAUAUUCUUUUUUCGUUCAGAUAUUCUGAAUAUUGAGAUUUGAUCUAUUAAUACCUUUAAAUUUACAUUGCGCUUCUGAUUAGUUACCUCGUUAUUGUUCGCAGGUGUUUUUUUUAACAAAGACUUUUUUUCAGGUUAGGCUUAAAACACAAGGAGGGGGUAUUUCACAGCUCAUUUUUAUGAAACAAUCAUAUUUUUUCAUUGUAAAGUAAGCCAAAAGUAAUUGAAGGUAAUGUGAGUAUGUGUUUGUUUUUGUGUGUGUCUUCGAUUGACUUUUAAUAUUAGCACGGCUCAGUUAGUAAUUUUAUUUUGUUGUACUUUUUAAAUUACAAUAAA